CGGAGUCCCUCUUCCAGGCAGGAGCACCCCUAGCCCACCCCGUGCUCCAACUGCCACUCCCCUAACUGUCACUCAGAACUUCCUUUCUCAGCCCCAGAGCCUGCCUGUCCUUUGGAGGAUCGCUGGCUCAAGAGACAAGAAAGCUUCUUUUGAGGACCAGCAGGACUGCUGGGGAGGAAACCAGCCUGGGUGCUCAAGAACCUCUCAGGGCUUCUCGGCUGUGUGGGAGGACGGUUUUCCUCAGAGGAGCUCCAGAUUUUAACACGAAGAGAAAUAUUGCUUUGCAUCUUCAAAAUGGAAAUGGACUUGGAAGUCAGAGAGCCAAUAGAUUUCAGUUCUGGAGAUCAUCAGCAUCUAGUUCGGAAAGCAGCAGAUAGUAACAUCCACACCAAGGCUGGGCAGCCUUAUGCAACUUCACCUUCUGAAGCACCAAAAACUCAUGGGAAUCCACGUCCUAAGACUAGAGAGCAAAUGGAUAUCUACGUGGUACAAAUUUCAGAUGAGACUACCCCAGAUGACAGCAAUAAUCUAGCCAAUCCAUUCUCAGAUUCAUGGAUCCGCAGAGCCUUCAUUAUAAAAGUAUUCCUGAUCCUGUCAGCUCAGCUGGUGGUCACUGGGGCAAUUGUCAGCGUAUUUCUUUUCUGGAAGGGUUUAAAAGCUUGGGUGCUUGUGAAUGCCUGGUUCACCUAUGCAAUCUUGCCAGCAUUUUUUGUCGUACUCAUCGUCCUUGCUUGCUGUGGGAAACUCCGCCGUCAGGUGCCUGCGAAUUACAUUCUCCUGGGAUUAUUUACAAGUUCUUCAAGGUCUGCUGCUCGGAGCCGUAUCAGUUUUCUAUAAUGCCGAGGAAGUGCUGUGGGCAACAGCAGCAACUGCUCUGGUGACCUUGUCGCUCACUUUAUUUGCUCUUCAGACAAAAUGGGAUUUCACCAUGCUGAAUGGAAUGCUGUUUGUUUUACUCUUCGUACUUAUUAUCUAUGGAAUUCUCUUACUCUUCAUACGAUCAUAUUGGUUGCAUCUGUUGUAUGCUGGACUUGGAACUAUAGUCUUCUCACUUUACUUGGUGAUGGAUGUGCAGCUCAUGGUGGGAGGGCGCCACCAUCACUCUGACCUGGACCCUGAAGAGUAUGUUUUUGCUGCUCUGAACAUCUACUUGGACAUAAUCAACCUUUUCCUUUUUAUUUUGCAACUGGUUGGACUGGGACGGUAGUCAUAUGACCAAGACUAGUUCAUGUCGAAAAGAGGGAAGGAGGGAUGCCUGCGGAAUGUUGCCAGGCUCCGACAUGUGGAGGUUACCACUUCAUAAGCCUUUUAUUAAAAAAAUUUUUUAAAUACUUAUUUUUUGGUCAAAUGAAGCCAAGCAUUCAGUAGAUGGUAGCUGUAGCUAUGAUAUAUUUAGUUCCAUUGUCACAUUGCAAAACUUUCUGGGGGACAUUUCUGAUUUUUAUAAAUUCAAAAGAUGACUAUCAUAAUUACAUACUAACAAACAUUUGUAAGUUGUCCAUAACAUUGUUGAAGUUUUCCAG